GGGGGGGGGGGUGUAUGAAGUCUCCGUCCUGGACGUCUCGACAGGAGGAUCAGGUGUUUUUUCUUCGGCCUCCCUUUUGUUUUCUCGAUUGCUCUGUUCACACGCGGGGCUUUGCCCCCGGCACUGACGUUCGCUUACUGUCGCACGCGUGGAAGAGAGAAGUGCGUAGACAGCCGGCAACGUUCCGGGUGCGUGUCAGGACCACCGCCGGGAUUCCGUUCCGCUGGCCAUGCAGCGGAGACGACCACACGAGCAGGGCACCUUCUUGCGGCGGCGGCGUCGCGAGGCAGGCCGUGCCCUGGCGCUGCUGGUGUGCCUGGUGCUUGCGCAGAGGUCGCAGGCGCUGCCCAUCCUCGACCGGUUUGUGCAGAACGUCUUCGAGCCCGACCGCCUGAACCGAUGGUUCACACUCUGGGAGAAGGUCAUCCACCUGGCCCGCUUCCACGUCCACAAUAUACCCAGAAUCAUCCUGAUGCCUUUCUCUAACAUCCACUCGGUGCACGGCCGGGCCAAGGAUAUUCGCCGGGGACUCAGCGACUUGCACAUGAGGGGGCUGCUUGGCCGAGUCCAGGGGCUCACGGGCUUCGCUGGUGACGGAGGGGGCACCAGUCGGAACAACUACGCGACCGAGUCUCCGACCUCUACCAAGAAAGCCGCGCAGAGCCUUUCACCACAACCGACGGUAGUGCGGGCCAAGCAGUAGUUCCGAGACCGGCAAACAACGGGCUCCACAUUCAACGCAACGGCAUUCUGCGACACCGGAGACACCGAAGGUUGACGAUAUUUUUGCAUGACUGCACCGGCGUCGGUUCCCAUCCCGCGUCAGUCACUUGAGGAGAGUCGUACCUCCACUUGGGCAUUCGUCAGUCAGCGGUGAGCGACGCGCCAUAAGACUCACCGCGUUAACCAUCAGAAUGGUUCACCUAUUUUCAGGAAAAUGGUUUUCUGCGAUGUUCUUUCCUCCGCGUAAAGUUCAUUCCCAACUGUCAAUCUGGAACUUACAUAUUGUCAAAUGAUAGAUUCGUAUAGGCUUCUUUCUGCCUUCUUUCUGCCUCACAGACAUCUACUUAUUAAAAAGUGCAACUGUGAUGACUGAAGUGCACUUCCCACUCAGAGUAUGAAGUUUGAUACGCACUUUACCCAAUGCUUUCUGCACAUUUAAACACUCAAUUUCGAUUCCUAUUUCAGAGCUCAUAGAAGUUAUCAGCGACGAAAAUUAUUCCGCCCAACAUGCCUUUAUUUUGUCAACUUUGCUCGGCCUACAUGUACGCAUUUAUCGUACCUUUUUCCUGUAUUAUCUUUCUCCUUUGUGUCCGUAAACCAUGGAGUCCACGCCGCACAGUCGACAAUUUUCAUCACUUCAAAAUGUUCGUUGCUAUCUCGUGCGUCAGUAUUUCGCUGUGUGUUUGUGUGCGCUCGUCAGUCAGUAACAUAUUUCCGUGUAUCGCCUUUUUUGAAUAAAAUGGCUAAGUGAAAAUUA